AGAGAUCGAUUCUCCGUCUGAGUUGAUCCGUCUUCAGGGUUUCUUCUAUCAGAUAUGGAGUAAGGAAGUAAGAAGACUGGAAAAACACACACAGUGUGUCCAUGAGUCUCAUCAUGAAUGUCCGUCGGGUCGGCAGCACUUUGAUUCUUCUGUUCUCGGUUACAGGAGCGCUCGUUGCCGGGGACGACGGCUGGUACACAAAGGUGCAGGCGGAGGUCCGAGCCGUGGAAGGCUACCCGGUGGUGCUGCCCUGCACCUUCAGCCACACGCAACACCACCAGCACUCCACGCUUCAGGUGCUAUGGCGUCUCGGCCACGGCCAUGGCGCCGCCGUCCUGUACCGCUGCCUCAGCGGGCCCGGGGCCUCCGUCUGUGAACCCGAUCCCCAGCAGGAUCGGCGCUACCGGCUGGAGGGAAACCCCAGGGAGCAUGACCUCUCGCUGCGGAUCAACGCCGCCGCCCUGCAGGACAGCGGUCGCUACUACUGCAGGGUGGAGGUCCAGGGACGGGACCGGGUCGGCUUCGAGGACAAGAUGGGAACCCGGCUGAGGGUGGAGGCCCCUCCCAGGAUCCUGGCCCUGUCAGUGGAGGGUGACGAGGGGUCCGGAUACCGAGCCCUGUGUCGCGUUCGGGGUUCUCCACUGCCGGACGUCCAGUGGCUCGGCCCAGACGACCCCCUGGACGGUUCCUCGGUAGUUCCACCGGCUCAGGGCUUGGAGGACCACUUCCUCUCCGUCAGCCAGCUAAGGGAGGUGGAGCCGGGGCGGCGUUACACCUGUAGCGCCUCCAACCCGCUGGGCAAGGAGCAGGCCGCCCUCUACGUCCUGCCCCCCCAACGCCUCCUCUCUGUGGGUGGGGCGCCACCUCCUCUGCUCUUCCUCCUGUCCCUGUCUGCGGGGGCCAAGCUCCUCCUCCUUGUGGGGGUGGUGGUGUGGAUGCUGAAGGGAGGAGCUCAGCGAGGAGUUGGCGGCUAGAGGAAGUAACCAGAUUAUGUUGUCAUGUGAUUUGUCAUGUGACAGAGGAAGUGGAUCAAUGUCAGUGUACUUGUACCAUAAAUUUAGUGUAUUUUACAGAAAAAACUUAACUAAAUAGAUGUGAGAAUAUUUUAAACAUCACCAAGUUAUUAUAGUUUUUCCAUGUACUGAUGAUAAACAUCUAUAACUUCCUUUUUAACUAAUGAAUGUGGGAACACAUGUUUUCUUUUGUGAUGUGAAAUAAAUAAUUUUCUUGUGAUAUUCAUUGAUGCUAUCAACAGAAUAAAAUGUUGUUUUUCAGUAUGAAACCUUAAUAAAAAAUAAAAAAUUGAUUAUUAA